GGCGCGCCGGGAGGGCGCGAGGUCAGGGGGCCGGGGACGCGCGUGGGGAGCGCUGCCCCGCUCGGCCGCUGCUGGGCGGACACCUGGGCACGCCAACGCGGGAGGAGCCCCCACUCGGUCCGAGGCUGCCGGGGCAAUGCCUUCACUCGGCGCAAACAUGGCUGCGGCCCUGCGCGCCGCGGGCGUCCUGCUCCGCGAUCCGCUGGCAUCCAGCAGCUGGAGGGUCUGUCAGCCAUGGAGGUGGAAGUCAGGUGCAGCUGCAGCAGCCGCCGCCACAGAAACAGCCCAGCAUGCCCAGCAUGCAAAACCUCAAGUUCAACCGCAGAAGAGGAAGCCCAAAACUGGAAUAUUAAUGCUAAACAUGGGAGGCCCCGAAACCCUCGGAGAUGUUCACGACUUCCUUCUGAGACUCUUCUUGGACCGAGACCUCAUGACGCUUCCUAUUCAGAAUAAGCUGGCACCAUUCAUCGCCAAACGUCGAACCCCCAAGAUUCAAGAGCAGUACCGCAGGAUUGGAGGCGGGUCCCCCAUCAAGAUAUGGACUUCCAAGCAGGGAGAGGGCAUGGUGAAGCUGCUGGAUGAAUUGUCCCCCAACACAGCCCCUCACAAAUACUAUAUUGGAUUUCGGUACGUCCAUCCUUUAACAGAAGAAGCAAUUGAGGAGAUGGAGAGAGAUGGCCUAGAAAGGGCUAUUGCUUUCACACAGUAUCCACAGUACAGCUGCUCCACCACAGGCAGCAGCUUAAAUGCCAUUUACAGGUACUAUAAUCAAGUGGGACGGAAGCCCACGAUGAAGUGGAGCACUAUUGACAGGUGGCCCACACAUCACCUCCUCAUCCAGUGCUUUGCAGAUCAUAUUCUAAAGGAACUGGACCAUUUUCCACUUGAGAAGAGAAGCGAGGUGGUCAUUCUGUUUUCUGCCCACUCACUGCCGAUGUCUGUGGUCAACAGAGGCGACCCAUAUCCUCAGGAGGUAAGCGCCACUGUCCAAAAUGUCAUGGAAAGGCUGGGGUACUGCAACCCCUACCGACUGGUGUGGCAAUCCAAGGUUGGUCCAAUGCCCUGGCUGGGUCCUCAAACAGACGAAUCUAUCAAAGGGCUUUGUGAGAGGGGGAGGAAGAAUAUCCUCUUGGUUCCGAUAGCGUUUACCAGUGACCAUAUUGAAACGCUGUAUGAGCUGGACAUCGAGUACUCUCAAGUUUUAGCCAAGGAGUGUGGAGUUGAAAACAUCAGAAGAGCUGAGUCUCUUAAUGGAAAUCCAUUGUUCUCUAAGGCCCUGGCCGACUUGGUGCAUUCGCACAUCCAGUCAAACGAGCUGUGUUCCAAGCAGCUGACCCUGAGCUGUCCGCUCUGUGUCAAUCCUGUCUGCAGGGAGACUAAAUCCUUCUUCACCAGCCAGCAGCUGUGACCCCACUGGUGGACCCUGUGGCAUUAGGCAAAUGCCCAACCUCCAGAUACCUCCGAUGUGGAGAGGAUGUUAUUAGAGAUCAAGGAAGGAAGUCAUCCUUCCUUGAUAUAUAUACAGCCUUUGGGUACAAAUUGUGUGAUUUCUUGAGGAUUGGACUCUAUUGAUGGAUUUCUAUUUUUGUAUAACUAUACAGUAAGCAUUUGUAUUUUCUCUCUCUAGGUAUGUUACUAGUUUGGAAUGUCCACUAGGACCUUUAAUAAAUGAGUUAAAAAUGUAUCUUAUUAGACACACCUAUUUUAAAUAGAGAUUUUGGCUUUCUUGCCCAAAAGCCUCCUGAAAGAGUACAGAGAGUCCCGUCUGUGGGCUGGCAGUGUGAAUGAGAUCUGUUUAGUCUUGUGCAUAUAGUUGCUGUUUUUUAAAUGAACAUAGUUGAGUAUUUGAAGUGAAUUUGAAAAAGAAAUGUUACUUAAUCUUUCCCUAAGCCCAUGGGUUACAGAGUGCUAUGGAGGCAAUUUGGUUACCUGCAAUGGCUGCUGUUGCCAGCGAGGCUACCAUUCAUUGGUCAUCUUGGUAUUUGUGUAUUAAUCUCACUUUCCUCAGUGUAAAAAGGAAUCAAGUACAGAUUGCAGAAGUGCUCUGAGAUUCCCCAUACACCCAAGGCUAAUAAACGUGUGCCAGUACAGUGUUCAUGAUACGUGCCUUGGUGGGAGUCUGUGGUGCCACAGCUCCCACUGCUUCUGGUCUCCAAGGACAGUGCUGCUGGAAAGGCUAACGAUGAGCUUCACCCUGGAGCUCCUCCCGGGACCUUGCAAGCCUUUCCAUCCAGCAUCUUCUCUUAGUUGAAUGCCUUCUUUCUAUACAUUUGUUUUCAGAAUUAUUUUAUAAGGUCAACAGUACUUCACUUGAAUUCUUUCUUAAUUUACAAUUUUUUAUUAUAAAAAUUUAUAGCCAUACAAUGGGACACGUGAAGAGUACAGAAAAGUAACCACUUUAAUGAAAUAACUAUUAUCAUAAUAUUGUAUUUCAUGCUAGUCCAUUCCUGUAGAUAUUUUUAAUGCCAUUGUCACCUUGGAUUUGUGAGUGAAAAGUGUUUCUAAAAGUAUAGAAAUAAUAUCAGAUCAGAAUCUGAUCUAUAUUUGUAUUUAAAUGGAUUAAAAGAUCCCUGGUGGUUCCAUGAAGAAUUUGUAAAGAUCACUUUCUCUUUCCUCCAAACCCUGAAACUUUGUUCUCCAAAAGAGCAUUUUUUUAAAGCCAGUUUAUAAACUGGAAGUAUUAGGAGAUUCAUAAAUCUUCCAUAUUGAGAAUUGGCUGUGUUAAUAAAUAUUACGACAUCAUUAAGGUUUUAACUAAGUUUGAUUCAUGCUGUCUGUUAAAUCAAAACUGAUCUAAAUCAAAAUUAUUCAAUGUGAGGAGCUUUUUUAAUGCAGGAAAAGAAGCAUGCCAUCCACUUGAGUUAAUAGUUUUCCCACAUUGAUGACAGCCCUCUUGAGUAGCGUCUACGUUUUUAAAAUUUCAAAUUGGCUUUUCUAUUAGUAGACUGUGUUUCUAGAGAAAGAUACAAGGCAUAGGUAAUUGUUUAGGAUUUUCCUCUAGCCUUUUUGGGGAUUAGGUUCACAGUAGACUUUGAGUGACCAUCCCACCAUGAGGUGAAUUCUCUGGGUUAGUGGUGUGGUGCUGGAAGGAAGGUUAUUUUUUGGAGCCACUCUCUCUCCUUAAGGAAACUUCCCAAGGGUCUGCUUCAAUUCUUCAAUGAAAAAAUAGACGUGAAAAAAUAUUUUUAUGGAGAUGAUGCAGAAAACUCCAAUUCAGGAGCCCUUGCGAGUAUAUCUGAAGCAAUUAUUUGCUAAGGAAACCUGAAUUGAUAGUGCUGUGCUGUCUGAACUAAUGUCUUUGAUGCUGAGUUGGGACCAGACCAGCUUUUAUAGCGACAGGCAAAGAGGGAUUUAUUGAGAUCGCUGCUCAUGGCAUUUGUUACUGUAAGAAGUGUUGCCUUUGAUUGUUACUAACCAUGGAUGGGUAAUGGUCAUACACUAGGCUAGCGUUUGGUAGGACAAAAUCUUUUUAGAGCUUUGAGAAUUGUCAUCCUGUUGGUCAACUUUGAAAUACAAAUGUUUGCCCUGGUAAUUAGCAGGGAACUACUGGCAGUUUCUUCAAGCUGUAUAUGUACAGAUCUGGCUUUUAAUUGAUGAAUCAACUUCUACAGAAACUUUUGCAAGGACAGUGUUGAUAAGGCAGUUUAGCUUGCCAGGGUGAUGACAAAGCCCAGGUCCCUGCAUGUACAGUGCUUUUCUAAAGAAUAUGCAUUCUUGAACUACUUUUUUAAAAAUCAAAAUAAAUUUUUGCACUCAAAAUUUGCUUCAUAUCAGGAGAAAUGAA